AUCUGGAAGACUGAAGCAUGGGAUGCUGUAGCAGCUGCCUUUCCAGACAUGAAUAACGGAAGUCGGGUCAUACUUACCACUCGCAACAGAGACGUAGCUUUACAUGCAGACGGUCUACCCUAUUACUCAAAGCCAUGCUUUCUCUAUUUAGGAGUUUAUCCAGAAGACCAGUUCUCUGCUAAGGAGUUGAUUCGAUUAUGGGUUGCAGAAGGAUUUGUACAUUCAGAAGGGGCCAAAACAUUGGAGGAAGUAGGAGAAGAUUGCCUAGAGGAGCUCAUCCAGAGAAGCCUAAUUCAAAUAGUGGAAAGAAGUUCCAUCGGGGGAAUUAAAAGCUGCAGCAUCCACGAUCUUCUUCGAGAUCUCUCACUCUUAAAAGCCAAGGAAGAAAAUUUUCUCAACGUCAACACUGGGGGUGCAAGAUGUCUCUCUCCUAAAGCACGUCGACUUGCUAUGCAUCAUGGCGACUCUGCUUCUUUAAGCAACUUCCCUCUGCACCUUCGUUCUAUUAUUUGGCUCAGCUCACGGCAAUAUCUUCUACAAAAUCAACAGAAGUUACUUUUCUGAGGCUUUCAAUUGCUUAGGGUGUUACAUCUCAGUCCUGAUGGCAUAUGGAUAAAGGCAGAAAAGGUUCCAAAUGAAAUAGGUACACUUAUCCACUUGAGAUACCUUGAUAUGAUGGUAAAUGUGAAUGAAACAGGAAGAAGCCUACCGUCGUCGAUGGCCAAUCUAUGCAACUUGCAAACACUAGUUGUACGUUUAACUAGUAUCGGCCGAUAUCCAGUCCACAUUCCUAUUGAUAUUUGGAACAUGCAACAGCUAAGGCAUGUACGUGUAGGGUGGGGGGCAUUUACAUGUGAAGGGUCUACACUAGGCGAGCAGACCGCGGAUGAACUCAGCCUUCCAAGCAACCUACAAACUCUAAUAAAUAUUCAGGCAGGCAACUGGAUUGAGAAUUACUUGGAAAAGCUCAUUAACCUUAGGACACUAAAAAUAGACGAAGUAGAUUCAAGUAGGCAUGGAGAGGGAUUGAUCGACUCUAUUCCCAAAUUGGACCACCUCCAGUCUCUGAAGCUAAAAGGUGAACGUCUAAUCCCAUUUCUGCCAAUUUUAAAUCUGCUGCAUUUGUUUAAGCUGCAUUUGCAUGGAAGUUUAGGGAACCUACCAGAGUCUCAUGAAUUCUCACCAAAUCUCACCGAGCUUACCUUGUACCAGUCUGAGUUAGAGCAAGACCCUAUAAUGAUACUGGAGAAACUAGCAAACCUUCAGGUUCUCAGAUUGGAGUAUGCUUCAUACUUGGGAAAGGAAAUGGUAUGCUCUCGGCAAGGGUUUCCUCGCUUUGAGUUCUUGGUGAUCGGACGCUUGGAUAAUUUAGAGGAGUGGAGAGUUGAGGAAGGAGCGAUGCCGAGUCUUUUACAGUUACAGAUGUAUGGAUCCCGUAAAUUGAAGAUGCUUCCAGAAGGAUUGCAGCAUGUGACUACCCUCAAGAAAUUGAAGACAUCUGAUAUGUCUUAUAGUUUCACAAAUAGGCUUCGAAAUGAUGAGGGAGAGGAUUGGUAUAAGAUUCAACACAUACCCUCCAUCCACAUUGGUCGGAGCCAUUAAAUCCUCAGGAGCACCUUCCAUCAAAAUAUGCUGAAGCUAUUUCUGAAGAUAAAUAUUGAGAUGUGGAAUUUGUUGUUGUCAUGACUGGCGAUCAAAGACAGGCUUUCAUUCUUUGUUGCAGACUGAUUCAGGAUAUCUCCCUAGUAAAGCCGGACAUGCUUCAACAAUUGAAAGCGAGGCUUCGUGUAGCGGUAUGGUUGGAUUAGCUACAUUGAAAAUUGACACCACAAGACAUGCCUCAGCCAUUGAAAGUGAUGCUUUGAGAAGAAGAGGGAGAGGAUUAGCACAAGAUUCAACAUGUACCCUUCAUUAACAUAAAUGAAUAAGAUGUGGAUAUGGUGUUGUUGUGACUAGCAAUCAAAGAUGAGCUUUCCUUGUUUACUGCACACAGUUCAUGAUCUCUCCAAAGCAAAGCGGAUGCAUUGAGGUUGGAAAGUCUCAAGCUUGUGCAACCCAGCUCCCUUGCAAGCCAACACAGGCCUGGAUGGAAGACGCGCAAAAUCCAAGCUGUCCAUCAGGUGGGUCCCCACUUCUUGAUGCCAUAGCCCAAAAAUCAGCCGAGUCCAUUCUAUGGAAGGAUCACCAAAAGGGUCCCACACCCUAGGAAUUCUGUGCAGCUAGACCCAUUUUUGAGUUCUUCUUUUCAAAGCACAUCAUAUAUAUGGCUUAACAAACUGUUGUAUCUCAGACUAAAGGUAAGUGGUAGCGCAUUUCUGUUGUAUCUCAAAUAAAUUUAAUUCAGUUCCUGGCCUCCCAUUCGAUAGGACAUUGAAAGAAUUACAUGCUUUCUGUGGAAAAUUUUACUCUUGAGAAAAGCUCUUGGAUCUUCUUCUUUUAAUUUCCUUUUUCAUUUCUGGUGUGUUAUCUAUUGAAAUUGCAGCAUCUGAUGCCUUGAAGUGAACAGCAAGGAUAUGGAUCCUACAUAGUGGGCCAAGAUUAUCAUCUAAAUAGCAACGUUUAUGUUGCCCGUGUCUUUUGCAUUAUAAGUUUUGAUUAUAUGUUUGUUUUCGAGUGACAAAGGUCAAUGAGUAGACUUGAUUUGUUCA